AGAGGGAGAGAGACAGAAAUAUAGACACAGAAAGAGAGAGAGAGAGAGAGAGAGAGAGAGAGAGAGAGAGAGAGAGAGAGAGAGAGAAAGGGAGAGAGGGAGAGAGAGAGAGAGAUUUUCACCCAUUCAUACUAUAAGGAGGCUACUGCAUCGUGGUCCUCAGUACUUAUACAGCUUAGCUGACGGAGAGCGGGAGGCAAAGAAAGAAAGAGAGAGAGAGAGAGAGAGAGCAAGAGAGAGAGCAAGAGAGAGAGAGCGCGAGAGAGAGAGAGAGAGAGCGGAAAAAGAGAGAGAGAGUGAGCAAGAGAGAGAGCAAGAGAGAGAGAGCGCGAGAGAGAGAGAGAGAGAGCGGAAAAAGAGAGAGAGAGUGAGCAAGAGAGAGAGAGAGAGCAAGAGAGAGAGAGAGAGAGAAAGGAGGGAUGGGUGCAGAGUGUGUGAGGAGCGAGAAGUCACUGUGAUUCCACCAAACAGUGGAGUUUCCUCCAGCUCUGCUCUGCUCUACUCUACCUGGUACUUGAGGCCCUGUGUGUGUCCAGCAUGAGUAACAUCUACGAGUCUGCAGAGGCGACCCUUGGCCUGUGCAACUCUUCCUGUCUGACCAAGGUUGAGCUGAGAGUGGCUUGUCAAGGGAUCUCAGACCGAGAUGCCCUUUCUAAACCAGACCCCUGUGUUGUCCUCAAGAUGCAGUCACACGGACAGUGGUUUGAGGUGGACCGGACAGAGGUGAUCCGUAGCUGUAUCAGUCCAGUGUUCUCUAAGGUGUUACUGGUUGACUUCUACUUUGAGGAGGUGCAGCGUCUUCGCUAUGAGCUACAUGAUAUCAGUCCCGCUCACAACGGACUCAGAGACACAGACUGCCUCGGGGCUAUGGAGUGCACGUUGGGACAGAUCGUGUCCCAGAGGAAACUGUCCAAAGCGUUACUUAAACAGGGAAACGCUACCAGCAAGUCCUCCAUCACGGUAACAUCAGAGGAGUUGUCAGGUAAUGAUGACUACGUAGAACUCUCCUUCAGAGCCCGGAAACUAGACGACAAGGAUUUCUUCAGUAAAUCAGAUCCAUUUUUGGAAAUCUUCAGAAUAAAUGAUGAUGGCAGUGGAUCACUUGUUCACAGAACUGAGACGGUGAUGAAUGACCUCAGCCCGGUGUGGAAGUCAUUCAAGGUCUCUCUUAACACACUGUGUAGUGGAGACCACGACCGCCAACUAAAGUGCACAGUGUAUGAUUGGGACUCCAAUGGGAAGCACGACUUCAUUGGAGAGUUUCAGACCACCUAUAAGGAGAUACGGACAGACCUGGAGGGGAGACAGAUGCAAUGGGACUGUAUAAACCCGAAGUACCAAUUAAAGAAGAAGAACUACAGAAACUCUGGCGUCAUCGUCCUCAACCACUGUAAGAUCAUCAAGAUGUAUUCUUUCCUGGAUUACAUCAUGGGAGGCUGUCAGAUCCAGUUCACAGUGGCCAUAGACUUUACAGCGUCAAACGGAGACCCCAAAAACAGUUGUUCUCUCCACUACAUCCAUCCAUACCAGCCCAAUGAGUACCUGAAAGCCCUGGUGGCUGUGGGAGAAAUAUGUCAAGACUAUGACAGUGAUAAGAUGUUUCCAGUGUUUGGGUUUGGAGGCCAGAUCCCACCUGACUUCAAGGUCUCACACGAUUUUGCCGUGAACUUUGAUGAAGACAAUCCAGAAUGUUCUGGUAUCCAGGGUGUGGUGGAAGCCUACCAGGCCUGUCUUCCUAAGAUCCAGCUGUACGGACCGACCAACAUCGCUCCCAUCAUACAGAAAGUUGCUUCUUCUGCCUCAGAGGAGAUGCACACCAAGGAAGCUAUGGAGUAUUUCAUCCUGUUGAUCCUAACAGAUGGAGUGAUAACAGACAUGGCUGACACUAGAGAAGCUAUAGUACAUGCUUCCCACCUACCCAUGUCUGUCAUCAUAGUCGGAGUGGGAAACGCUGACUUCAGUGACAUGCAGAUGCUGGAUGGAGACGAUGGAAUACUCAGGUCCCCAAAAGGAGAGCCUGUUCUCAGAGACAUUGUCCAGUUUGUUCCCUUUAAAGACUUCAAACAUGCGUCCCCGGCUGCGCUUGCUAAGAGUGUGUUAGCAGAGGUGCCCAAUCAGGUGGUGGAUUACUACAACGCAAAAGGAAUCCAUCCAAAAUGUCUGUCUGACUAUGACGAAUCUACCAGACCCUUCAGUCCCUGAUCACGCAAACACACCCAUUAUAAACACACACACACCCAUUAUAAACACACAUACACCCAUUAUAAACACACACACGCCCAUUAUAAACACACAUACACCAUUAUAAACACACACACGCCUAUUAUAAACACACAUACACCCAUUACACACCCAUUAUAAACACACAUACACCCAUUAUAAACACACACACACCCAUUAUAAACACACAUACAUCCAUUAUAAACACACAUACACCCAUUACACACCCAUUAUAAACACACAUACACCCAUUACACACCCAUUAUAAACACACACCCAUUAUAAACACACACACACCCAUUAUAAACACACACACACCCAUUACACACCCAUUAUAAACACACACACCCGUUAUAAAUACACACACACCCAUUAUAAUCAUGCAUACACACACCCAUUAUAAUCAGGCAUACACCCACAGCCAUUAUAAAUACACACACACUUGUUAUAAAUACACACACACCCGUUAUAAAUACACACACAUCCAUUAUAAUCAUGCAUACACACCACAUUAUAAUAAUGCAUACACACACCCAUUAUAAUCAUGCAUACACACACCCAUUAUAUUCAUGCAUACACCCACAGCCAUUAUAAACACACACCCGUUAUAAACACACACACACCCAUUAUAAACACACACACACCCAUUAUAAAUACACACACACCCAUUAUAAAUACACACACACCCAUUAUAAACACACACCCGUUAUAAAUACACACACACCCAUUAUAAACACACACACACACCCAUUAUAAACACACAGCCGUUAUAAACACACACCCACCCAUUAUAAACACACACACGCCCAUUAUAAACACACACACACACCCAUUAUAAACACACACACACCCAUUAUAAACACACACACACACCCAUUAUAAACACACGCACACCUAUUAUAAACACACACCCGUUAUAAACACACACACACACACAUUAUAAACACACACACACUGCAUACAGUAGUGUAGCCCAGAAAAGUAGUGUAAUCUGGUGGUUUCACUACAUAAUGUAUUACUGCAUGCUGGCCUAAUGGGUUUAACACACACACACACACACACACACACCUUUUAAAGGUGACUUUCAAUAUUGUUUUAACAAUAUUACAUACAGUAUAGGCUAAUUGAAGCAAGUAAGAGUAAGAGUUGUACUUAUCAUAACCAUAAGGGCCUAUUAGUCCAUAGUUUAGGGUUUUGGUAACAUAGGAGAAUUUGUAAACAAAUCAUGUGUAGCUUCAAAUCAUGUUUAUCACUGAACCAAACAACCGACUGCUCCGGUUGAUAACGACCUAUGUAGCAUCAUUAAUAUGAGUCAGAAACAUUUGUUAUUGAGUCUAAAUCGACUACAAAGUGUAAAAAGGGUAAUUUUGGUCAUAAAGUCAGUACCGUCCAAAAGAAAGAUUGGUGAAAUGUACGGAAUCUAGGUUACGUAACAGUUUUCCUUGGGUUGAGUGCAUUUCAAUCCUGCCCACAGCUGGCAAUCACCCAAGUAAUCAUCAAUUCUGAGCACAGGUGCAAAAACCCUGAUCAUUAUGCGCACACUGACCGUGGUUGAUUUGGUUUGACUUUGGAUAUCACUAUGGGUCUAGAUAGGGACCAUCAAUAAAUUACACAAUGUACAAUAUUUUUGGGACAAUGUGAAAACAUUUCAAUAGCUCCAAAUGUACAUUACUUAAAAACCUCAAACCCAACUAUAAAUUGUAGAAAUGAAUAUACAAAUUUUGAAAGAAUGUAAAGAGAACUAAAAGAUGUGCAACAUGAAAAUAUUGUACCAUUUAUAUUGUGUAAUUUUUUUACGGUCCCUAACUAGCCCCAGAGAUAGGCUAUCAAAAGUUAAACCAAUUUCUCCACGGGUGGCACACCAGCCGAAGGAAGCUGAUUGGUGGAAGGCCUAGCCCAGGAUACUUCCAGACACAACCUGAGCCCUAUACUACGAAUCAGGUUUGAGGAGUGAGAGAGGUAACUCUGAGUUUAACUCUGGAUAACCGAUCCUAUGAAAGCGGCUCACCUUUUAGUCAGGUAAAUUUCUAUGGCAAUAAUUCCUUCAGAAUUAACCUGCUCUGGGGCGGGCUAACUCACGGCUAAUUCCACUUACCCUGAAUGAAAUGACUGAUUAGCGAGUUGAGGACCAAUGAAAUUAGGUUACCUCCCUCUCGCAAAGAUUAAGUCAUCCCUUCAGCAGGACGUCUGAUUAAUUAUUUUAUGGAUCAAAUGUUUUGGGUUCAAAUGUGUCAUUUAGAGAUGACAGGAUGCAUUUGAAAGUUCACGCAACAGUAAAACUUUUGCAUGACUGUGUGUGAUACAAUUCGUUUAUUGAUAUGGGUGGGAGAAAAGGUGAUUGUGUAUUGAUAAGCACAUCCAAAGCAUAUCACAAGAAACACACAAGCACACAUACACACACACACAUAAGCACACACACACACACACACACACACAUAAGCACACGCACACACAAGAGACACCCGCAUCAAUGAACUCCUCCAAGACCCAAAUCUCGUUCUCAGUCUCAUUUCCUAAUGAGGAGGGUUGAAACCCAUAACGAAUUCGGUCAGUUCAGCCUCAAUUUGAAAUCAUGUUGCUCUCGUGCCUCAUUCCUUCAACACUACUUAUACAUUUCAUAUAGAAUCCAGAACUAUUUGCAUGUGGAAAUGUCAUGGGAUGCAUUUUAUCUGUUGUUUAUGAUUUUGUUGGUGGCCCACUCUUUGAUGGUAUGCACAUUUUACAGGGUGGAUUUUAAGGAGGAUUAUAUACUGCAAAGUGUUAUAUAUGUCUUUUCUACAGGUUUGUUGAGCGUUUAUAUAAAUAAAUAACUAAAACUGUA